UAAAGCAGAACCUCGCAAUUGAGCUUGUUAGGAAUAUUUGGAAUGAAGUUCUUCUUCUAGAUGAGUCGAGCAUGAUGAGACUCAUAAGAGAACCUUCACAAAUUAUAUUCAAUGCCGCUGAAGUUGGAAAUUUUGAGUUUCUAGUAGAGCUUUUUAGCAGCUACCCUGAUUUGAUUUCGGAAAAGGAUAGCAGAAACCGAAGUAUAAUUCACAUCGCUGUUUUGUAUCGUCAUGCUAGUGUCUUCAACCUCAUACAUGAAACAGGUCCAAACAUGGACUCUAUAGUUUCUUCUGUGGAUGUUACUGAUAAAUGCAAUUUAUUGCAUUUUGCUGCAAAACUAGCACCGCAAAACCGACUUGACUUGUUCUCAGGAGCAGCUUUUCAGAUGAUGGUUGAGCUAUUAUGGUUUGAGGAAGUGAAGAAGAUAUUGCGGCCAUCAUUCAUGGAGAUGAAAAACUCUGAAGGCCUAACUCCUAGAGAAUUAUUCACCAAAGAGCACAAAAAACUGCUAAAAGAAGCAGAGUCUUGGAUGAAGGGAACUGCAAAGUCUUGCAUGGUUGUUUCAACACUAAUUGCUACGGGAGUAUUUUCUGCUGCAUUCACCAUUCCUGGUGCUAACAACAAUGACACAGGAGAUCCUAACUAUUUGAAGAAGCUACCAUUUCAGAUAUUUGCUGUGUCAGAUGCAUCUGCAUUUAUUUCAUCCUCAACCUCCAUCCUAAUCUUCUUGUCUAUCCUUAUCUCACGUUAUGCAGAACAAGAUUUUCUCAAGUCACUGCCAUCGAAGUUAAUAUCUGGGCUAAUAGCACUGUUCAUCUCCAUCAUCUGCAUGAUGGUAGCUUUUAGCAGUGCCUUCUUUGUAACAUAUUAUCAUGGUCCAAAGUGGGUCCCCUGGCUCAUUUCAGCACUUGCAUUUGUACCAAUACCUUUGUUUUUGUUCCUGCAAUUCCCUCUUUGCUUAGAUAUACUCUAUACCAAAUACUUCUUCAGGUCUCUUUUCCGACCAAAUAAUCAUAUACUGUACUAGACUCUGUAAUUCUGUAUAUGAAUAGAGUACGUUUAGUUGGGUCAAAAUGUAUUGUAUUUUAUUACAAUAAUAGGAUGUGCUUAUGGCCAAGUUGAAGGAAGAUGCAAUUCUAUGUUA